CCAAACAGGUUUUCCCCAGUGCAAUUAGGUGCCAGUGCUAUCCUGACAUCUGAGACUGCAGCUCUGCUUCUCUUCCAUAAGUCUGAGCAUCAGGGAGUGCCCAGGACUGGAAACAGAUCACAGCCACUCCUGGGACAAAGAAAAGCUGUUGGUGUGGGGUGCUGGGAGUGCCUUUUGCUUUCAAAAGAAGAAAAGCAGUGAAAGAAAGGAAAUUCUGUGGUAAAACCAGAAAGAUUCCAUCAAAACAGACGAAACAAAAGUGUGUGCAUGUCCUGUGGCUGCUCACUGCCGAGCCUGACUGCGAGCAGUGAGCUGCUCUCUGCAUUCUGGAUUGAAUGGAAACUGCUGAGUUCUAUUACGUUUACUACUUAGCUCAGGACUAUCUGCAGUAUGUGCUCCAGGAAUCACACCUCGGACCAGCCCAGACCAGGGUUGCUCAUGUCUUGAGAACCAUGGCAUCCUCUCUCCAAGACCAAACCGAGGAGGCUCUCAGGCCACUCCUGGACAGGAUUGACAUCACCUCUGUAGCUGUUGCCAAGAGAAUUUUCAAUGGAGUCAUGGAAGAAAAGUUUGCUGAUGGAAAUACUAACUGGGGACGAAUUAUGACCAUAUUUACAUUUGGAGGUCUUCUCACCAAGAAGCUUCAAGAGCAUGGGGUUCAGCUGACUGCAGAGGAGAAGGAGCAGAUCUCUUAUUUCAUCACAGAGUACAUCAUAAACAACAAAGCCGAAUGGAUUGAUGCGAAUGGUGGCUGGGAAAAUGGCUUCCUAACAAAGUUUGAAAGAAGAUCACUACUGUCCUUCUCCAAAAUUACAGCCCUGUUCAUUGCUGUUGUUUCCUUGUUCAGAGAGUACUACUGAAGUAAAAGGAUCUGCCAUUCAUGUGUAAUCUAGAGAUUGCCACAAACUUCACUUCUCAGCCUUCCUCCAAACAAUAUCAACAAGAUAAUAAUUUCCUUCCAUAAUUUCUUUUUAAUUUAUUUGUAUUUAUUUUUACUAAAUAUGAUGUUUAACAUGCUAUCUUCAUUACCAAAUCUGAAGAUGAGAUCCUUCCAAAGGGGAAUCUGCACAUCAUGCAGCAAUUCAAGUCCACCUUUCCAGGCAGAAUUGCUUUGAGAUCAUUUUCCACAUCCAGACAGCUCUUGUAAUCUCUCUUGCAUCUCCAUGAAAGGACACUGUUUUAGUGAAAUACAAUCCAAUGGGUUAAUAAACAAGUUUUUAUGUCAUUUGUUUUGUAAAUGAAAUACUACUGUAAUGCAUUUUAUUGCAACCUCUGUAUAAGAAGAAGGCGGGGGGGGAUUUUUGUGAAUAAAAAGAAAUGGGAACUCCAAUAUAGAACUGGGUAGAAGUUACUGACACAGACUAAGCAAUUUCUAUGGGAAGAACUGUUUGUGGAAGCUAGCAACUUAAAAAUGUGCACUCACUUACUGUUACAGCAAUGGUAUGUGUUUCUGUGCUGUAUUUUUUUAAUAGCUCACAUCUACAAUGAAUGUUCUUUCAUAUUUGCGUGAUGUAGUCAUCUGGCUGAACGUUUUUUAAACUAAAUGUUUAAAAAUAGGCAAGUGAAAAUAUUUUUAAAUGAGAAAUUUGUGUAAAUACACUAAUAUUUUAAGAAAAUACAUUAAAAUAUGUAUUUUAAAGCCUUAAGAUCAGUCUCAUUU